UAUUAUUUAUUUUUAAAAAUGUACAAAAAUAUAUUAAAAAUAAAAAACAAUCUUACUAAUGUUUUAAUUGUAAUAUACUAUAUGCUAAUUGUGCUAUUUCAUUAAGUAUUUUAAUGUGGUCAUGAUUUCAGGUCAUCAGCAUGAAGAAGACUGUCUUUUUUCCCGGGAGAGUUAACGUCUCCUUCAGGAAAGGCCCUUCAGGCCAUUUAAGACAGGACCCAUCUGAAGAGGCAAAAAGUAUUAAAGACAACCCUUCUUUGCAGGACAAGUCAGCACCUCAAAGAGAAGAUCUGGUCAAAACCAAUGCCCGUUCUGUUGUGUUACACAGAGGAGGGGAUGUCUCUGACAAGCAAGAGGUUUUAGGAGAAUAUGUUCUUCAGUUUGGCAAGUACAAGGGCAAGUCCUUCAGGUGGUUAUUGGAGAAUGAUGUUGGCUACGCUUUGUACCUGUCCAGCAAGGUUGAGGAGGAAGAACAGGCUGGGCAGUUCAACCCAGAAGGUCCUUGCAAGGAUAGCCUCAUUUUCUUUCUUGAAUACUCAAGAAGCUUCAAGGAAAUUGAGGAUCUUAAACAGUAUCUGUCUCAAAGGCCAGAUCCAAUGCCAGUCUUGUCAGAGCAUGACAAUAUUGUUGCAUUUGGAACAAGAGCACAAGAUACUUGGAGAAAAAUUUGGGAGACCAGGGCUGAUGGAUAUGCUUCCUUUAUAAUGAGACAGAAAUGUGUUCCAGGAAGUAAGAUGUAUCUGUUGCAGAAGUAUCUUUUAAAGCAGCAGCAAAACCAACUGCCCAAAAACCCUCCUCUGUUGCACUCAGCAUCAUCUUCCACUGCAAGGCCUCUGGUUCCUUCAAGUACUGCCUCUGAUCAUCCAGUAAUGGAGGAGGAUGAGGAACUGGAGAAGAUGAUGUUGAGUCUUUCUCCAACAAAAUAUCUCACACAGCCGAGAUCGUCUGCAGCCCCUGGAUCCACAGUCUUAUCUAAAAGAGGGAUAAACAUACCAGUGACGAGGUUCUGCCUCAGCCUCCACCAUCAGUCUCCCAUUCUCCCAUUCCACCAGCUCCUGUGUACUUCUUCACAGGGUAAAGGCUCUGUACCUACAGCACCUGCACCAACAACCUCCACACAGACCGAGGCCCUUAAUAUCCCACAAUGCAGCUUUGGUGAGCAUACGAGACUUCAUUCAAAAAACAUUCGUAAAUUAGAAAUGUUUCCAAAACUUUUGUCAGGUAUACUGUAAAGUUUGUAACAUCAUCACAAGCAG